AUGCCGAGCUCAUUGGUGCUCGUUUCAACGCUUCUCCUCAUCGCUUUUCGCGGCGUCUCAUCAAAAGUGCUUCAAGUGAACGCGAAAGGCGCGAUGAUGUGCGUGUUCGAUGAUUCGAUGCGCGUCGUCGUCGAAUUGUGCGAGCAGAACGUGAUCUGCAAGUUCGCCGACACGUGUGUGGCUUCAACGUCGACCGAAUUCGACGGGCAAUUUUCGCUCUACGGCGAGGUGUCCGAUUGGGUACUCAAUGAUCGCAUUCAGACGAGUCCGAUUCUAUUCAGCUAUUUGAUCCGGUUGCUUACAUCAAAGUCCAUUCGACAUGUCCGACGGUAA